AUGUUUAUUUGUUGUAAAACGAAGAUUAAAAAGUCAAAGUAAGUUAUCUUAACAGUUUUUUUAAUUAGAUAAGCAAUUAAUAAAGAUUCUGAAGUGAGAUAAUUUUCUAAAAAGAAUGAAGAGUAAUAAGUUAAAGAAGAAAAGCAAGAUCAGGAUUCUUAUUAGGAGUAAAAAUUAAAAGAAUAAAACAAAAGUGAAGAAAGCAAUUAAGAAAUUAAUAAUUUAGUCAAUCAAAUAAAAGCUUAUAGAGAAUAAGGAUAGUUUAAAGAGAGGUAUAAUUAUUUAUUAAAUAUAGAUAGUAUUGAUGUCGAAAAAGAGUAUGUAAAUGGUUUAUUAUCAGAAGAUCUUCCAAUUAUUUAUUUUAUUGAAUAUCGUUGGGCACUUCAUUAUACUGGAUUCUUAUAAGGAAAGAAGAAAGUGAUUCCAAAAGAGAUUAACAAUAAUAAAAUAUUAAUAGAUGAACAUAAAAUAAAUGAUACAAUUAAUAUUAUAAUAGAUAAUGAUCCAUAAUUAUUACCAGGAAUUCAACCAGAAAAACAUUAUUCACUUUUGAAUGAAAGAGCUUGGAAAUUCAUUCAUACUCUUUAUGGAGGUGGACCAACAAUUACUAUAGAUUUAGAUAAUGUUAAAAUGUAAAUUCAUUAGAAUAGAAUUUAAGAACGUUAGCAUUAGGUUAUAGAGGAUAAAUAAUAAUUAAUAGUCUAAUCUUUAGAAUAAAUCAAUAAUGAACCAAAUUAUGUUCUUCCUAUGCCAAUUGGAUCUCAAAUAGACUUAAAUAAUGAUGCAGCGACAGCGACUCAUAUAACAACUACAACAGCAAUAUUACCAUUGAAAAUUUCAACAGAUUCUCAUAUCAAUUUUAAGUAUUCAUCCAAAAAUAUUGAUGAUUUUGACAAAACUACACCAAGUUACCUUACUGAUAAAAACUCAACUGUGUAAACAAAUAUUUAAAAAAUUUAUAUGACGAUUCCAGUAGAAUUACCUAUUGUCGGAUUUUAUAAUCCUAAAUAUUAUUGUUAUAUGAAUGCUGCACUCUAGUGUUUAUUAAGUAUUUCUAAAUUUAAUUAAAAAAUUCUUAAAAUUCAAAAAUUAGAAAAUAGAUAAUGUACAAAAGCUUAUUAAAGUCUUAUCAAAUUAAUUUAGGUUACAAUUCCUGGUAGUUCAAUUACAACGGAUUUAUUAAUGUAUAUCUGUUAAAACAAAUUUAAAGUUACUCAAUAAUAAGAUUCUCACGAAUUUCUUUUAUUGUUAUUGUCAUAAAUUUAAGAAGAAUUAGUUGGAAAAAAAAAUACUGGAAAAAAAGAAUUUUUUCAUUCUGCAAUAGAAGCUUGGGAAUUUUAUAAAGGGAAAAAUGCAGAUGUAAUUACUGAAUUAUUUGUUGGAUAAGUUUCAAAUAAAAAUUAUUGUUUAAAAUGUAAAAGAAUAAGCGAAGUUUAUGAUCCUAUAUUGGAUAUUAAUUUGCCUUUAUAGAAUUAUAGUGGAGCUGAAGAAAUUAAGUUAAAUGAAUGUCUAUAUAGUUAUUUUAAAGAAGAAUAAAUAUAAGAUGAAUGGAUAUGUAAUAUAUGCUAGCAUUAAAAUAAAUAUCUUAUUAGAAAAAUUCUAGUUACACAGAAACCUUAAUUUCUUAUUAUUCACCUUAAACGAUUUACAUAAUUUCCAAGAAAUUAAAAAAUCUAAAAUGAUAUUUCAUAUCCUGAAGUCCUUAAUAUUUAAUAGUAAUUUAAUAAUUAAUUUUAGAUUCUGUGAUGAGAAUAUUAUCAAAGCUUAAUAUAGAUUAAAGGGUCUAAUAUCUCAUUAAGGUUAAUUAAAUAGUGGACAUUAUAAAGCAUAUGCUAAAAGAUAAAACGAAUGGUAUGAAUUUGAUGAUGAUAUUGUAACAAAAGAUAAAAAAGAUAGACAUCUAUCAGAUAAAGGAGCAUACAUAAUCUUUUAUGAAGAAAUAUGA